AUGGCCUCCAUCAACAGGGAAUCGUCAAAUGCGCGUGAUCUGGCCGUCGAGGCCACGAUCAGCGCAGCCCUGGGAGCGCCAGAAAUGCUGGCGGCGUACAGAGCGGGGGUCGGCGCCUACCUCCAGCAGGCCGAGCAGGCGAACGUGCUCGACGACGUUCGGAGCCUCGAAUUCGAGGCCGAGAUCCGUCGUCGAGUUACGGGCGCGCUGCGGCUUGCUGGAGCCGGGUGGGGGUCUUUGACCCAAUUCAAUGCCGACUCCCUGCGGCUCUUGCUUGGCACGCUUGACAAUUGCCAGGCCGACCUCCGCCAAAUUUGGCGUCUCGAGGCGGCUGGCCGUACCAUAGAGCUGUACGAGAGUGGUGAAGGUCUCUUCGUGAGGCACAGCGGCGGUGGCUCUUGGCCGAUGGCCGAUCAGGGGAAUGACCCUGGUCAAGAGGAGCCGGUGGAGGGUGAGGAGGGGAGUGAGGGAGAGGGGGAGGUGGUGGAGGAGGCGGAGGAGGAGGGGGAGACCGCCUCGGAGAGGGAGGGGUCGCAGGACGAACCCUCAGUCAGUGCAGGCGGUGAGGACGGUGCUGACACCCGUGCCACGGCCACGGGCGGACCCAGACCCUGGGUCUGCCAUGUGUGCAUCAGGCAUCGUGGUGUCAUGCACAAGAGCAGCCUGGUGCGCCAUAUGAAGAUGGUGCACAAUGACUUUGGGUUCGUCCCCGCGGAGCAGUAG